UAGGCUGCACAGGUACCUAUUUCCAGCCUGGCCUGCGGAGGGGGCCCUGCUGCGGACCCCGGCCGCCCGUGCAGACUAGAGCAGAGACGUGCCCGGCUGAGGGGCGCGUGGGGGUGCGGGACCGGGCCCUCUCUCCCUCCCUCCGCACUGACUGCACAAGCCACUCGGCUGCGCGCGUCUCGUCGGCUCUGUGACGCCCGGAAAUUGGAACCCCCGCCCGGGCCGCGGCUCCUGCUUCUCCGGCGGCAGCGGCAGCGGCAGCGGCAGCAUGAGCGAGCCCCUGGGGUCGCCCGGCGGCAGCGAUGAUGACGAAGUCUUCCUUCCUUAUGCAAAUAAUACAUCACCAUCUGUUACCUUUCUGCAAGAAUUGCCUAGUUAUCAGUCCAUUUUAAGGCGGAGACCUUCUGCUGGAGGAACACAAGAUAGACGGCAAAACAAUCAUGGCUUUGCGAGACCCCCUGCUGCAGAGAAAAGAGAUAUUGCAGAAAGAACAGGAGUGGAAAGUGAGGCUGUGGUUCGAUCGAUAAGAGAAUAUGCAUCAAGUAUUCCGGAGAAGAGAAGACUAAGGGACAUCCAGGAGGCUAAUGUAAAAUAUUUAUCUGGAUGGGAUCAGUUGAAGCAGACCAGGAAUAAAUCAUGGAAAAAAUUCCUAGAUGAAACCAAGGAGCUGUCGUCUUACUUGGAACUUUGGAGAAAUGACAUUCAUAGUAUUGAGGGGAAGUUUGGCACUGGUAUCAAGUCCUAUUUCUCCUUCCUGCGUUUCCUGGUGCUGUUAAAUUUUAUAAUCUUUGUUCUGAUGUUCAGUUUUAUAACACUUCCAAGCACCAUUUCUCAAUAUGGAGUUCUCAACAGUAGCUAUGUUAAAGUUUCUCCAAAAGGCAUAGAGCCACAAUGCACAAUUUAUACAAUUAGUGGUACUAAAGGACUCGUUUACUUCUAUACUUACAUAAUAGAUCUGCUCUCUGGCACUGGUUUCCUUGAAAUGACGAGUCUGUUUUAUGGAUAUUACAGAAUAGAUAUGGUACAUUUCAAUGCCAUUAAAUACAAUCUACCACUUGCGUACUUGCUGACUACACUUGUGUAUCUCUCAUUAAGUCUUAUCUGGAUAGUGAAAAGGUCUGUGGAAGGAUUUAAACAAAGCUUUGUACGGGAGGAAGAUCCAUUUCAGAGUUACUGCAACAAAAUCUUUGCAGGCUGGGACUUCUGCAUUACAGACCUGAAUGCUUCCCGGCUAAAACAUAGUAGUUUAAAAUAUGAACUAAAAACAGACUUGGAGGAAGAAAGACUAAGGCAAAAAAAAGCUCGCAGGACAACAGAAGAAAAGCUGCGCAUCUACUGUCUACGAAUAUUUUUAAAUAUCUUUGUUCUUGCACUUUUGUCAGGAUGCUUUUACUCUAUCUAUAAAGCAACCGUCUACUCACAAGAAAAUAUUUCCAAUGUCAUCAGCAAGAUGACGUUUGAGGGUAAUCUCUUCGUGCAAUACUUGCCUUCUAUAGUGAUCACCCUGGCCAACUUUAUUGCGCCUCUGUUUUUUUCAUAUAUCAUCAGAUUUGAAGAGUAUUCACCAGCCUUUGAGAUCAGGUUAACACUUAUGCGGUGUGUCUUUGUGCGGCUGGCCAACAUUGGCGUUCUCUUGUUUUCACUGGGGAAUCGAAUCGUAUGUGCUAAUGAAAAGUGUAAGGCCUGUGGAUACAAUUACGAACUCUACCCAUGCUGGGAAUCUCGAGUUGGGCAGGAGAUGUAUAAGCUGAUGAUUUUUGAUUUCAUAAUAAUUUUUGCUGUGGCGGUGUUUGUUGACUUUCCUAGAAAGUUGUUAGUUACCUAUUGCUCUUAUAAACCGAUUCAGUGGUGCGGGCUGCAGAAAUUUCAAAUUCCUGAAAAUGUACUGGAAAUUGUUUACGGGCAGACAAUCUGCUGGAUUGGAACCUUUUAUUCACCACUUCUUCCUGCUAUAGCAACUGUAAAAUAUUUUAUCGUCUUUUACAUUAAAAAGAUAAGUUUGAUGCAUACAUGUAGACCUUCCAAGAAGUCUGUCAGAGCAUCAAGCUCUAAUUUCUUCUUCCUGGCGGUGCUGUUGAUUGGGCUUAUCUUGGCUUUUAUUCCCUUGGGACUCAGCAUGACACGCAUCCGCUCCUCUAAAGCAUGUGGGCCAUUCGUUAAUUUUAACCGUUCGUGGGAUGUUGUUCCACAUACAGUGGAAGGGUUUCCGGGAGCUCUGCAGAAGGUCCUUAAUGGUAUAGCUUCAGAAGCAUUUGCAGUGCCUUUCUUUGUGGUUAUCUGCCUCAUUAUGUUCUAUUUCAUUGCCUUGGCUGGAGCACAUAAACGGGUCGUUGAUCAGCUCAGGGAACAAUUGGUUAUGGAGAGUCGUGACAAACAGUUCCUAAUCAGAAAGUUAACAGAAGCUCAGAAGCGUAGUUGAAAAACCUCCAAAAGGAAAUUGUGUGAGAUGGGUUUUGACAUUUUGAGACUUUACAGAACCACUAGAUACAGCAGGAACAAACAUAACAAUCUGUAGGAUCUUGAAAACUGAAUCACUAACUAGGAUCCGGAUCUUUCAAACAAUUUUGUGCAUGCUUAACUUUAAGAACACAAGUAAUCCUACAGCUUCAAUGGGACUACUUGUGCUUAAAGUUAAGAAUGUGCACAAAUGUUUUCAGGAUUGUGGCCUUAACCUGUUUGUACCAUAUUAACUCUGCACAGAAACUCUCUGGUAGGACUAUUUAUGCUGUUAGGGUUUAAGAUUGUCAGUGUUUACAUUAAACCCCUAUUUUUAGGGGGUUUUAGAUUGCUCUAAAAAUGUGCUCUGAGCUGAAACUUUGCCUGUGAAGUGUCUUUGCCCAGAAACCAUUUGAAAUAUCAGUUUAUAAAUUAUGCUGUGGGAGUAGAGGGGGUCGGGGGAGAAUAGGAAUUGCUAGUUUCACACAUUUCCAACUAACUUCUCUUUUAAAACUGAAGUGUUGGAGGCAUCUAGGUUGCUAUGCUGAAUUAGCACAUUGGGGAGGAACAAAUAAAAUUUGUAUUCAUUUAAGUAGAUUUCCUCAAUAUUUUUAGUAUGUAGACUUAGAGCUUUUCUCUGAAACAGCUAUUAUGGUCCGUCUCAUCCAUGGUACACUGGAAAUUUGGCCCUAAGAGUUUCAGAAGCAAAAUACAAAGAAAGGAAUUUUGAACAAACACUGGGGAAAAACCCACUGGGGACAGAUCCUCAAUUGGUGUAAAUCAGUGUAGUGAAACUGAAGUAAAUGGAGCUAAGCCAGUUUACACCAGCUGGGGAUUUGGCCCUGAUUUUAUGCCGGUAAUGUACUGUUACUCAAAUUUUGUUCUGAACAAGUUUUGAAUGUUCUAGUGCCUUUCUGGCUUAACUCUCAGGUGUACAUAUUUUAAAGCAAAUAAGUAGCAACUUUGCAAUACAACAUUUGGAAACAUUUAUACUCUUAUAUGCCAGUACCUAUUAAAUGCACUACUUUUUUUUUUUAAACAAGAACUGUAUUUUUAUGAAAGAGUAAUUUCCAAAUACUCUACCAGAUUUCAUUAUUUGAAGAAUGUGCUUCCAUUGCUUAGAGUUUUCUAUAGUGCAUUGUAUGUAUGUAUGCGUAUGUUACUUGAACUCUGUAGAGGAUAAUUUGGAACAUAUUACACAAUAGCAAUAAGUAUUUAUGCAAGUCUCUAAUGUACUGUUAAUCUUUAAUAUGAGAGAUCCUGUAUCUUUAUGACUGUAUAUCUUGGAAUGUUUCAUUUUUAAAAAAUUAACAUGCAUUAAACAACUUUGAAUCUUAUCUAGUGUAUGAACAUUU